AUGACGGAAGACAAGAAUUGGACCGGGGUGCUUGUGGAGGCGGAGGACACCAACUAUCAGCGCCUGCUGGCCAAGCACAGGAGGGCCCGCCUCCUGAACGCCUGCCUCGCACCGACGCCAUACCCGCAGCAGCUGGCGUUUGAACAUAUCCCGGGUACAUUAAUAUCAUAUGUGUUCCCCGGGUUUACCAGAGAAGACUUGGAUGACAAAAUGCGUCUGAAGCAGUGUUACCCGCUCUACUCGAUUUUGGCGGCUGCGGGACUGACUUCGUUGGACUUUCUCAGUCUGGAUAUCGAGGGCAUUGAUCACCUCGUUCUCAAGAGCUUGCCAUGGAAAAAGGUCGAUAUAAAGAUGGUGAUGGUCGAGUACGUAACUCCGGGGACCGUCUUUCCCAACGGGUCGUUCAAUCCAGAGUUCGAGAAGCCCAUCAAGGACAUUAUGUUCGCCAAUGAUUAUGUGCUGGCAAAACAAUUACCUACCGAUAUGAUAUUUGUGAAGAAUGGAAGUGUGUUUGAUAGAUCAUAAUACAUAGUAAUUUGUACA